UGCUUUGAUGUCUUAAGACAGCUAAAGAUGACUGUGCGGUUAUGACAGAAGAAGCAACAGCUCGUGCAAGAAGAUGGGACCUUUGGGAGAAACAAGUGCCCGGUAAAAGUUACAGCAGCAGAAGGCCAGUCUUCAAGAGAACCACAGCUCCACACAGCAGCCUGCCUGGGAGAAGGGAGCCGUGAACAAUGGAACGUGAACAGACACCAUCAGAGAGAAAGCUACAGGAAGUAUUUCCCCAUGCCUUGCUCAUUCUGAGUACAGAACAUUUGGGGUAGUACAAAAAAGCAGGAUGAGAAACUGCGUUGGAAGAUCCCUCUACCGUUUUCAGUUUAACUUUGCAAAUAAGUCCAUUGGGAGUGAAAACAAAAGCCUUUCCACCAAGGAGAAGUUUUGAAUCUGUCCCACUGUAGGCAGAGAUAAAUGUCCCUCUGAGCUCAGAUGGUUUAUCAGGACUCUGUAUCUGGGCUGUUGGACUUCUUGAGACCACAGUGUAAGGCUUGAGCUAUUUCCUCACUUCAUGACCCUGCUCAUGUGUCUGUUGAUUGCGGUGUUAGGGUAGUCUUGGUUCCAGCAACUGCCUUUACUGCACUGCACUGCGCACUGCGCACAGUGCCUCGGGCUUUUCCAUCAGGACCAAUCACAACCAGAAAGGAGCAGUUUAUGAUCCAAUUUCUUCGUGACAAGCCAUGGGUGUGAUGAAUGCAACCAUAAUGUCAAAUGGCUCAAGCACAGACCAAGACUACUGUGAUGCCUUCUGCAGAAUUAUUUUGAUAAUUGUCUACAGUGUGCCUUUGUUUGGAGGCACCGCUGGAACAAUUAUGAUGUCAUAUAUAAUGUUCAAAAGGAAUAGCCAAUCAGCGAUUGCCACAAUCAUUAUAAAUAUCAUUGUACUGCACUCCCUCCUCCUGAUUAGCCUGCCAUUCCGCCUCAGCUACUAUCUCUCAACAGUCUGGAAGCUUGGGUCUUUUGCAUGCCGAGUGGCUAGUGGCAUCAUAUAUGGUCAUAUGUACUUUACUUUUGUUUUUUAUGUGGCCAUUGUCAUACUUCGUUUGCUCAUCUAUUUUAAGAAACUCCAAAUGCAACAGCUACAAAAGUUCCAUGCCGUGGUUCUAAGUAUUAUUAUUUGGAUGGUAGGAAGCUUCAUCUUUUUGCCAAUAUUUUUUUUACAGUAUGGCACAGAUCCAAGUUACUCAGAGCAACAACAACGAUGUUUUGAGUUUCAUAGAUCUCUCAACUGUACAGAUAUCAUCAUCAUAAACUACUCUACAAUUGCCAUUAUGAUGACAACAGUUCUGGUCCUCUUUCUGACUCAGCUCGCUGUAAUUCUUUGUUUGAUAAGAGACUAUUGGCCUGAUAUGUGGGCCCAUCAGGAUUUCCGAGCUCAAAUCAACAGUUUCUUCUUCCUGGUAGUCAUCGUUGUCUGCUUCAUACCCCACCAUGCAUUCAGGGUAUAUUUUAUUCAAAAUUACCCAGAGGAAAAGAAUUCUAAAUUAAUACUUUACAAUGAAAUCUGUGUUGCUUUAACAGCCUUCUGCUGCCUGGACAUGUUGUGUUUCAUAGGUGGCAUCAUCCAUUAGACCCUCCUAUGCCUUUUUUGUAACUGCUUUAUGGAAUAUCACGAUGAAACACACUCCAAUUGAAUAGGUGAGGUGCUGCUAUCAUCUUAAAAAAGUUCCAAGCUCACUGUUCCUGAACACCAAAUUUUUAGAUUUCUCUUAGCCAAAAUUGCUUUCAUACUAAGACUUAGUUAACCCCCUAGUCAUCCCACUUUCCUUUGAGAAUACUUACAGUUUCCAAAUGUAUCUCAAAAUAUGUUCAAUUGUUAGCCUUAGGCCAACCAAGCACACAAUUCCUUCCUUUGUCCAUUUCAUGCAAUAUUCACUUCAGUCAAGUACAUGUUGGUUCUUCCAAGUAUUCCUGACACAUUUAGUCUACCAAGUUUUGCCCUGAAUGUAUUUGUUUUCCCAAUUCCUGUCCAACAAAAUCUAGAAACUUAAUAGAUAGGGAAUCUACAGAUAAACAGGGUUCUAAAAUAGUCUUAAUUUGUUCAACUUACAAUUUCCUGCUGAUAUUGGUUUCGGGAGGGGAAUAUUAGCUUGGAUAGCAUGAUCAAGAGAGUUAAAGAAACUCUUCCAAGACACUGGACAUCGAUGUGGUUCAUUGUAAUCAAGACACAGUAGGAUAGCAGAAGUUACCUCCUUAUCUACCUUCAAUACAAAAGCAGUAAAAGACAUUGAAUAAGGCAUCAAGAAACUGGACAUAGGCUAAGUUUUCAACAGACUCUUUGAGUACAAACUUUUGAGGCCAUAGAGUGCUUUUUAUGAUUUUCCAAGAUACCCUACACAUCUGAGAACAAUUAUAUGAUUAAACAAGAGCCUGUGUCUGCCAUGGUCAAUAAAAGCAAUCAAAAGAACUAACUUGGAUUCCACUUAUAUC